CAGAGAGGCCAGUUACAUUCUGUGGCUUCCAGAGGAAACAAGCCUCCAGAGGAGUACAGUUACUCCAUUUUUCUUGCAACCCAGGUAUCACUACUGAGGCUGCAAUGGCGUGGUGGAAGGCCUGGAGUGAAGAAGAAGGCAGGCCUGUGGCAGGUGCUUUACACUUUGAUGCUGCACCUGAUGCCCAGACUCUGUACAAGGCCAUGAAAGGGCUUGGGACCGAUGAACAAGCUAUAAUUGAUGUCCUAACCAAGAGGAGCAAUAUACAGCGUCAAGAGAUUGCCAAAUCCUUCAAAGCACAGUUUGGAAAGGAUCUAAUUGAAAGUCUGAAGUCUGAACUGAGCGGCAACUUUGAGAGGCUCAUUGUAGCUCUAAUGUACCCCCCCUUCAAGUACGAUGCCAAGGAGCUCUAUGAUGCCAUGAAGGGUGUGGGAACCAGUAAAGGUGUUAUCAUAGAGAUCUUGGCAUCUCGGACUAAAGCACAGAUCAAAGAGAUAAUCAAGGCUUACAAAGAAGAAUACGGUUCUGAUCUGGAAGAGGAUAUAAAAUCGGAAACAAGUGGCUACUUAGAACAGAUUCUCGUUUGCCUUCUUCAGGGUGAGAGAGACAAUGCCACUCUCUAUGUGGACACAGCCCUGGCUCUCCAGGAUGCAGAGACUCUCUAUGCUGCUGGAGAGAAGAUAAGGGGCACUGAUGAGAUACAGUUCAUCACCAUCUUGUGCAAAAGGAGUGCCACACACUUACUGAAAGUGUUUGAAGAAUACCAGAAACUGGCUGGUAAGAGCAUAGAAGACUCUAUCAAGAGUGAAACUCGUGGUUCACUUGAGGAUGCCAUGCUGGCUAUUGUGAAAUGCACCAGGAACAUCCGCUGCUACUUUGCAGAGAGGCUGUACCAUGCUUUAAAGGGGGCUGGCACAGAUGAUGGAACUCUUAUAAGAGUGAUUGUUUCUCGAAGUGAAGUUGACCUAAAUCUUAUAAAGCCUGAAUUCAAGCGUAUUGCAGGAAAGUCUCUCUCCAGUAUGAUUUUGGAUGACACCAGUGGCGAUUACAAGACAGCCUUGCUGAAUCUCUGUGGCAGUGACUGACAAACUUGAGGAGGAAGAUGUUGCAAAGGAUACAGAGAAAAUUAACAGCGAACAAGGGUCUGAAAAUGUACAUGUAGAAAAUAUUUCCAUUGUUCCAAGUGGGGAAAAAAAGAAGAUGAAAUUAAUAGUCAAGAUUUCCAAGCUCUCUGAAGGUUGUGGGUGCUCAUUAUACAUUAAAUGCUAUCCACUUCCCCCACAGUUUUUCAAACACAAGGGGGAAUGUUAAUUUUUUGAUUCCAUUUUGUUCAUUGUAAUUUCCCUUCUGUUUUAAUU